AUGAGUCCAGAGAAAUUCAAUUCAGAUGGCCAAGAAUAUGAUGUUUUUCUUGGAGACGUAUGGAGUCUUGGUUUAACAUUGAUGGAGCUGUACAUUGGACAUUAUCCUUACGUUCAACCUGGGCAAAAGGCUGCCGAUAAUACGGCAUUGAUGUGGGAAAUAUGCUUCGAAGAGCCUCCUUGCUUGCCUAAGGAUGCAUCUGAAGAUUUUAAGGAUUUUAUCGAGUGUUGUCUGCAAAAGGAUUGGAAGGAAAGAUGGACAGUCGAGAAGUUGUUAUCGCAUCCAUUCAUAAUAGGCGCAAGACAGAAUGACGUCGGACUCGGAUGUACUAUCGGAACAAAAAGGGACAAUUCAGUGCUUAGCGAUUCUUUCUCUGUCAGAAGGAUAGUUAGAGUUUAG